AUAAACUAUUGGGGCUUAUUUAUCAAACAAAAAUUGUGAUAAGACAUUCUGGGUAGUUCGAUUAUCGAAGCAAUAUAGUUUUGCGGCAAUAAUCAAAAAUUGAUAUAAUCGAUAAGUCGAUAGAAGCAAUAAACAUCCCUACAAUCGGCAGCCAUUUUUUCACGCUUCCAUCCGAAAAAAUUGUGAAAAUUCAUGAAAAAUUUUAUGAAAAAGCAAAAGAGUAUUUAAUAAAGCUUCCAAAUAGUGAAAUAUUAUGCAAAUUUGAAUUUUGUGCGUGCGUGUAGUGUGUGAGCAUCGAAACAAACAUGGAGACGGUCGUCGCUUUCAAUAAUGAGCUCUCCGGGCUCUAUGACAGCCGGCCUCCCAUAUCCAAGGCUAAAAUGGCCGCCAUCACAAAGUCGGCAAUGCGUGCAAUUAAAUUUUACAAACAUGUCGUGCAGAGUGUCGAAAAGUUUAUACUGAAAUGCAAGCCGGAGUACAAAGUGCCAGGACUGUAUGUCAUAGAUUCGAUUGUGCGCCAGUCCCGCCAUCAGUAUGGCACCGAGAAGGACGUCUUUGCACCACGUUUCCAGCGCAAUUUGACCGAGACAUUUGCCAAUCUGUUUCGCUGCGCACCCGAGGACAAGAGUCGCAUUAUCCGCGUACUUAACCUGUGGCAGAAGAACAAUGUCUUCAAGUCGGACGUCAUACAGCCCAUAUUUGACUUGGCCGAUCCCAAUCAUCCCAUUUACCAUCAAAUGGUUGGUCCGGCCAACCUCAUCACUGCUGGGCCAGGACCAAGUGGUAGCAGUGGUGCCCUCAAUUUAUCGGACAUAUCGAGUGGUGGCAAUGCAGCCAACGGACUAAACGCCUCCGGAAUGAGCAACAUGGACCUGAGCGCUGUUGUCGACGAUAAGUUAGGUGGUGCCAUGCCGGAUCUGUCGCUAAGCCAUGAGAAGUGCUCAAGCUCUAGUAGGCGGCACAUGGAACAGCAUUAUAUGAAACGUCAACAGCAUCAGCAUAUGUCAUCAACUGUUUCCUCUUCCGGAUCAAAGAGUCGCUUUGAUUGUGGCCCAUCCAAGUCGCAUCAUCACAAGUAUGGGAAGAGCAGCAGCUCCCACGAUCUGGACUAUGAAGUGCGCGAAAUAAUUGAUGACGACGAUGGCGACAUGAUGAUGUCGAUGGGUGAUGAUCAUCAUUGUAUGGGCGAUGAUUCUCCAUCCGGUUCAUCCAAUUUGCUAGAUAACAACAAUUUGAAACAACUGCUGAACGAUCCCAAUGUACUGCGUCAGUUGCAAACGCUUCAGAAUUUUCAGAAAUUCAAGCAGCAAGAAGAGAACCAAAAACAUCGCUAUCAGGAUGAGGCACUGCAGCAACAUUUGCAGAAUGUGCUCAAGGGCACAGCUGGAAUGCCGCCGGGUGUGUCCAUGGGCUUGGGUCUUAAUGAUGUGACAGACAUGAACAAGGAUGUGGAGUUCAUAUCGGAACAACAACCCAUUGAGGUUAUCAAUCUGGAUGGCGCCGAUUCUCGUAGUCCCACGCCCGAUCGUGACAGAUACAAGCGUAGUCGACGCAGCAGCCGCAGUCGAUCACCCCGUAAUCGCGGAGGUGGCGGCAAUGCCAAUGAUCGUGAUCGGGGAAGUCGCCGACGUAACUCGCGAUCACGCAGCCGAUCUCCACGCUCGAGCCGAAGACGCGGCUCACGUGAUCGUGAUCGUAUGGAGCGCAGCACUCGUGACAAGGAGCGUGAUCGUGAGCAUGAACGUGAACGCCGAAAGAAGGGGCUGCCAGACAUUAAAAAGGAUCAUCUCAGUGUCUGCAGCACUACGUUGUGGGUGGGCCAUCUAUCGAAGCUGGUAUGUCAAGAGGAGCUGUCGGAUACUUUUGGCGAAUAUGGCGAUAUUGUGAGCAUUGAUCAGAUUGUACCGAGGGGUUGCGCCUUCAUCGUGAUGAAUCGUCGCCAGGAUGCACACAAAGCCAUGCAAGCGCUGAAGAAUCACAAGCUGCAAGGACGUGCUAUAACCAUAUCCUGGGCGGCUGGAAAGGGUGUCAAAAGCAAGGAGUGGAAGGACUUUUGGGAUUUGGAGCUUGGCGUUACGUACGUACCAUGGAACAAGCUCAGUUCCGACACGGACUUUGACAGCCUGGAAGAGGGCGGCAUGUUUGACGAGGACACCAUGCCCAGCUGGAUGAAGCAGAAAAUCAACCAGGCUAAAACUGUCAAAGAGAACAAGGCAGCAGGUGGAGGUGACCUCGCAUCGGCUCCGCCAGUCGGUCCGCCAAGCUUGCUCUUUGGCAUUGACACAACACAGCCGCCGCCGGUGGCACCUGCUCCUCAUGGUGGUCCUGUAGCGCCACCACCAGCGCUAAUGGGCAUGGUGCCCGGCCAGUUCCCCAUGGCGCCACCACAACGCAUGCUGGGUCCAAUGGGACCAAUGAAUCAUCCAAUGGGCGGCAUGCCGAUGCCUCCUAAUAUGGUGCCCGGAAUGCCGCCGCCAAUGAUGAUGCCGCCUAACAUGAUGCCACCCGGUUUUCCAGUCAUGGGCGGUCCGCCGCCACAUCCUUUGGGCCUGCCGCCAGGCGCGCAGUUUCCACCACCCCCCGGCACAGUGCCACCGUCUAUGCUUGCUAUUCCACCUACGGGUGGAUCUGCGGCUGGCAAUGUGAGUGACGAUCAGAUGGACAUUGAAAUGGAACUGGAGGAUGCGCCCCAGACGACACCAUCGCAGGCGCAGCAACAGCAGCCUAACUUUAACCAACCGCCACCGGUAUUCGCCGGUGCCGCAGCUCCAGCCAGCAAUGUGGAGGCAGUUGUAGCCGCCGCGGCAAAUGAACUGUUCCAGCGAGAGCGCUCACGUGGUUCUGGUGGCAGUUCCUCCCGUUGGGGCGGACGUGAUGACAUUGCUGAAGCGUCUGAGCGUUGGCGCAACGAAAACGGCGGAGUCGGACCGCCUCCUCUCAGUGGCGCUUUCAAUGAGGCACGUGCACGUCUCAACCUCAACAGCAUGGAACAUGGAAACAUGCCGCGACCAGAAUUUAUUGGUGGCGUUGAUUUCGAUAAUCGCUCUGGCGCAGGACCUCGUGGCAUGGGCCCAGGAGCAAGAGGAGGCAACCACAAUGGUGGUGGUGCUGGCGGCGGAGGCGGGGGUGGAGGUGGAGGCGACUUCUUCCAGCCUAAUAUGAAUCAGAAUCGCUUCAAUCAACCCACGAGUCUGAUGCAGAUGCGCAUACCGCCGCCAGUGGCAUUCAAUCAGCGAAUGGGCGGACCUGGUGCGGGCAACGGGACGGGGCCGAUGUUUAUGCGGAAUCAAGGUGGCGGUCCAGGCGGCAGACAACAAGGACCAGGUUUCUUUAAUCCACGCAAUCCAUUUAACGAUAACCAACGCGGUCGGGGCGGUGCAGGUGGAAAUCGUGGACCGGGUGGUCGUGGUGGCCGCUGGAGUGACGAUGAAGAUGAGAAUACCAAGAACAACAGCAACAACAAUAAUAAUAAUAACAACAUAUUCAAGCGCCGUGGAGGCGGCGGCCCAGGUGGCCCUGGCAAUCGAUUCCGCGGAGAACGCGAUGGUGACGGCGAUCGUCGCAGUGGAAACGCGCGUGGCGGACGCGGUGCACCGCGUAGUGAAGAACGUGAACGCGGUCCCAGCAGCAAUAACAGACGUGGCUCUCGCGAUGACAGCAAUCGUCAUUCGAUCAGUUCAACAGAUGAGAAUACGUUGCAAAGCAAACAGUCAUCGUCAUCAUCAGGAUCCGAAGAUGUAACAAAAACUAAGCAGACGGUGGCAGCGCCACCAGCAGCGACCAAUGCAACAGCAGUGGACACCGAAGAGGAUUGGGAUCGUGAGCUUCAGGAAUACGAUGCGAGAAUGGAAGCACAACAAGCAGCUGAGGCGGCAGCUGCUGAAGCCGCUGCUUCUGCUUCUGCUGCCACUGUUUCUAUUGCCAGCGUUGCUGAUGGGAGCCAGAAAGCGGAUACAAUGACAGAGGCAACACCUGCGUCUAAGGAAGAGCCGUUUGCCAGACCAGUUGUGCAGGAAAGCAACGAGGCGUCCAAGCCAAAAGGACCUUCACCCAUCUGCACACCUCUCUACGACGAGUUGCCACCGCCAGCAGCAACAAUUGCUCAAGCGGCAGCGCCAGAGAAGUGCGUGGAGACGCCUCCAAAGAUCAGUACACCGCCGCAAGUGACUGAGGAAGUUACACCAGCACCUGCACCAGCACCAGCACCAGCAAAGCAACAGUUGGAGAAUACGCCUGCAGAGAAUUCUGCUGAUGAGCCAACAAAAGCGAAAGAGGAUGCCGAGCCAGUUGCCAAUGCCGAGCCAGCAGUGGAGGCGGACUCAUAGAAUGCCUAAUGGCAAGGGAAUGCAAAAGCAACGAAAGCGAAAGCAUACAUGUUAAUCAAAAAAUGUGUAAUUUAUGAUUUCCCAGCAUAUGAUUUUAUAUGUAUGUAUGUAUGUAUAUGUAACACCAACCAACCUACAUGCAACAUUUACAGAAUACAAAUUUUAGCUUGAGAUUACGCAUUUGUUGAGACGCGAUGAGUCUGCAUCAUUAUUGCUAGGCUAACAGGGCGCUACAUUUUAUGAUCAUUACAAAUUUUUACCUACUUUAAGGCACCACAACAACACUAAUUGGGUAACCUCUGACUUUUAUUGUCAGCAGAAGCACGGACGCUAUCAAUUGUCUUUUCGAUACGCUAAUUGUAAAAAAAGAAUGAUAAACAAAUCAACAACAUAAACAGUUAAAGGCGCAAAGGAACAAACUGUAGCAAAUAAUUAGAGAAUAAAAUGUAUGGACGAAAUUGACA